CCUCAGAAGCAAUGCAGACGAUCAAUCGGAUCCUGUCUAAUUCUUGCUGCUGCACUUUUUUGUUUUCUACAGGCUGUCUCUGUCAUUAAGGUGAGUUAUCACGAUGCCGGGGAAAAACGGUGACCAGUUCAAACCGGGAGACCUGGUGUUUGCCAAGAUGAAGGGAUUCCCCCACUGGCCUGCCAGGGUGUGUCCGUGUGACGGCGGUGGAAGAAAUAAGAGCAUCCCGGUCUACUUCUUCGGCAUGCAUCAGAUAGGAACGAUCCCUCCGGAGAACAUCGUGCCGUACGUCGGGAACAAGCUGAAGUUCGGCAGCGGCGUCCGGAUCAAAGGCUUCACUGAAGGCAUGUGGGAGAUCCAGAACACCCCCGCCGUGGGGAGUAAACUCAAACUUGAAUCAGAGCAAGAAAAUAACAACGCUCCAGUCAACAAGAAACUGCAGAGAGAGAGCGGGCAGGCGGACAAGAGGCAGAGUUUCCUGAAGUCUCUGAAAGGGUUACUGACGGACGAGAGAGGAGGCCGCAGGAGGAGCUCGCUGAGGGAUGCAGCCACGACCAGCUCGGAGGUUACAGCCACGACCAGCUCGGAGGUUACAGCCACGACCAGCUCGGAGGUUACAGCCACGACCAGCUCGGAGGUUACAGCCACGACCAGCUCGGAGGUUACAGCCACGACCAGCUCGGAGGUUACAGCCACGACCAGCUCGGAGGUUACAGCCACGACCAGCUCGGAGGUUACAAAGGGGAGUCAGGCGACAACAUCGGACAAAAAGAACGACAACAGGAAGUCAGAAACAAGGAGGAGUCAGGCGGAAAAAGUUGCAUCAACGGAGGACAAAAAAGACAAGAAGGGAACGGAGGGCAAGAAGGAAAAUGAAGCGAUGAAAAAAUCUACUUCCAAAACCUCAGAAAAGAAAGAAAGCAACGUGGAGAAAAUGGCAAGGAAAGACCAGAAGAAGAAAGAGGAAACGACAGACAAUAAACACAAAGUGUCUGACGGGAAAACAACCGCAGAGCAGACGACUAAACCACAGAAGAAGACGACUAAACCACAGAAGAAGAAAGAAGAAACGGAGGUGAAGAAAACAGCCAUGAAAGACCAGAAGAAGGAGAAACCUGAGAAGAAAGACGGGAAAACAACCGAAGAGUCGGACAAGAAAUGCACCGAAGACACGAAACCACAGAAGAAGAAAGCGGUGGGAGCAUCACAGUCUGAGGACGAGGACAAGAAGAGGAAGAAGAGUUCAGAUGUUUCCAUGAAGAGCGGUUCGUCGGAGCAGAAGAACUCAACGCUGCACCGUGUCAAAGGAGACAUCCGGAUCUCUCUGAAGACACAAAACCCCAGACCCAGCAGGAGAAGGAGCACUGAGAGCAGCAUGGAGGAGAACAACGAGGCCCCCAGACCUCAGAAACAGAGAAGAAGAAGAAAAGAACCCCAACUUUUCAGCUGUGACCAAUGUGGGAAAGAUUUCACUGAAUCAAGUAAACUUCAGAGGCAUUAUCAUAUUCACACAGGAGAGAAACGACAAAGCUGUGAUCAAUGUGGGAAAACAUUUUCUCAAAAAAGUCAUCUUUCAGCCCACCAGCGCAUCCACACAGGAGAGAAACCCUACAGCUGUGAAGAGUGUGGAAACACUUUCACUACAUCAUAUAGUCUCAAAAAUCAUUCUCGUAUUCACACUGGAGAGAAACCCUACAGCUGUGAAGAGUGUGGAAACACUUUCACUACAUCAUAUAAUCUCAAAAAUCAUCGUCGUGUUCACACAGGUGAGAAACCAUACUGCUGUGAAGAGUGUGGCAAGUCAUUCAUUGCAUCAGGUGAACUCACAAUCCAUCGUCGUGUUCACACAGGAGAGAAACCAUACAGCUGUGAAGAGUGUGACAAGUCAUUCAUUACAUCAGGUCAACUCACAAUCCAUCGUCGUGUUCACACUGGAGAGAAACCAUACAGCUGUGAAGAGUGUGACAAGUCAUUCAUUACAUCAGGUCAACUCACAAUCCAUCGUCGUGUUCACACAGGAGAGAAACCAUACUGGUGUGAAGAGUGUGGCAAGUCAUUCAUUGCAUCAGGUCAACUCACAAUCCAUCGUCGUGUUCACACAGGAGAGAAACCAUACUGGUGUGAAGAGUGUGGGAGAACCUUUUCUCAAAGUUAUAACCUUAAAGUCCACCAGCGCACUCACUCUGCCUCCAUCUGAUCAUUUUCUGAGUCAAGCUAGCAUUCCUCCUGAUUUUCUCCAAAUGUUCUAAUUUAAUUUAAAUGUAAGGGUUAUGCGCAUUCAGUGUCCAUUUACUGUUGAGUCCAGAGUUUUACAUUCUGGAGGAGUUAGACACCCCUCCUAUAAAAUGCAUCAUAACUGACUCAGCAUAUGCAGGUCUUUUUUAUAAUAAAACAACCGUUGGCUCUGGUGGAUAUUGAAUGACUAUUUGCCUGAUAAACGGCCUUCCUAGGAAGACUAACACCAUUGGCUCCACUAGUAUAUAGGCCCCCUUCACUCUCACCUCAGUGCAUGAUCGUAUUUCGCAGUAUGCAGUUCGUUCCCUCAUUACCUCCCAGAUUGCUCUCCUGGUUUUCACCCUGCCUGACCAGACUGCCUCGCCUGCUCCCUGACCCUGCCUGAACCCGGACUAUUCUGCCUCGCCUGCUCCCUGACCCUGCCUGUACCCGGACUAGUCUGCCUCGCCUGUUCCCUGACCCUGUCUGUACCUGCGGUUCCCGUCUUGCCUACUCCUGGAACCCUCGCCUUUCCCCGACCAGCCCUUUGCCUACUGUCUGCCGGUUUGUC